AUGUGUGAGAUAUCUUCAAAUAAAAGCUGUAUGGAUAUGCCAACUGUUCGCAAUGCUACCAAUUUCAUGAUCGAAACGUUAGACAGUAAGAAAUUGAUAAAUAAAACUGAUUUGGUCGAAAUUGUUGCACAGUCGACGCAGCUGAAAUUUAGAAAUUCCGAUAACUUGACCUCAGCGUUGGUUCGAUCAAACUUGACCGAUUCUAAUUCAUUCAUUACUUCAGGAAAUGAAACUUCUAUUUUAAUCGUACCACCAAACGUUAAAGUUAACAACUUGUUAUCGGAAUUAGUAAAACUGCAGAAUAUGACGCAAAAUAAUGCAUCUGAAUCCGGAAAUACUUCUAGUUCUAUGGACGAUCCUACUAAAAUGAUGCAAAUGAAAGUUGCUUCAAAAAUCGCACGAGAAUUGGACCCUGAAUUAAAAGCUAAUACUACUAGUAUAAAUUGCCUAAAUCAUGUAUAUAGGCUGCCUGAGAUGAAAUCUGAUGCUGAUGAAACACCUUCGAUGAAAAAUGUGCUUUUGGUCUCGGAGCGAUCGUCCAUAAAAGUACACCUUCGAAAAUUUCUUGAAAUAGUCCGUGAUGCAUUCAGCGAUUUACUUCAAUCAUUUCAUAUGACUACAAUAAGCGGUAACACUACGUUGAUUGGCGAUGGCGUUACGUUGGGACAAAAUUCAACCAGUCAUCGUAAAGCUUUGGCAAUAUGUUCCGCACAAGAUGCAUUCCUAACGUCCAUCACUAAUUCUGAUGAAAUGGAAUUUAUCAGCGAAUUGGCUGGAAAUGACACAUAUUUGAUUGGUUUGAUUAAAGAUGGCAAUCAAUGGUAUUGGAUUGAUAAUUAUACGGAACUGAAUUAUACAAAUUGGCGUACAUUAGAACCAAAUGAUUGCUGCGGAAUAAAUGUAAAAUGUGUUGCGGUAAACUGGAACGGAACGAUGGACGGUCAGUGGAAUGAUGUCGAUUGUGAAAAUAUCCCUCCGGCAAAUUUUGUAUGCAAAAAGAGACUCUAA